UGCUCUGCUCCACGAUAUAACCGGCGGUUGCCAACUCCCUUCUCUUGCCGUGCACCCACCCAAACCUUUUGGUACGUGGGCGGCGGCGGGGAGGAUCUCGGAGUCCGAGGAGGAGAUGGCGGCGGCGGGGAACGAGUGGAUCAACGGGUACCUGGAGGCGAUCCUGGAUGCGGGCGCGAGGCGGCGCGGGGAGCGGGGCGCGCCGGCGCCGGCUCUGGCGGAGGCGUCGGCGGCGGCCUACAGCCCCACGCGCUACUUCGUGGAGGAGGUCGUCAGCCACUUCGACGACCGGGACCUCCACAGGACUUGGACCAAGGUGGUAGCGAUGCGCAGCAGCCAGGAGCGGAACAACCGGCUGGAGAACCUCUGCUGGAGGAUCUGGCACGUCGCCAGGAAGAAGAAGCAGGUGGAAUGGGAGUACUCGCGGCAGUUGGCGCGGCGGCGGCAGGAGCAGGAGCUGGGCAGUCGAGAGGCCGCCGAGGAGCUCUCCGAGGGCGAGAAGGACUGCCCCGACGGCGCCUCGGCCCUCCAGCCCCCUAGCGCGGCUGACGGCGACCAACAACAGCAGAGCCGGCUCACCAGGAUCAGCUCUGAGACCCGGAUCGUUUCCGACGACGAGGACGAGGCGGCCAAGGAUGACCGGAACCUCUACAUCGUCCUCAUCAGGUGGCACCAAGCCGAAGUGAUGAUCGGUGUUGCUAUCCAACGGAUCGCUGACCGGCACGUCACCCGAAUGGUUUUUUUUAUAACGAUUCCUAUGAAUAAUUGGGUUGAGUCCUGUUGCAGCUUACACGGGCUCGUCCGUGGGGAGAACAUGGAGCUCGGCCGUGACUCUGACACCGGGGGACAGGUGAAGUACGUGGUGGAGCUGGCCCGGGCGCUGGCGGCCACCGCCGGCGUGCACCGCGUCGACCUCCUCACGCGGCAGAUCUCCUGCCCGGACGUCGACUGGACCUACGGCGAGCCCGUCGAGAUGAUAACGCGCCCGUCCGAUGCCGACGCUGACGCCGGCGGCGGCGGAGCCUACAUCGUGCGGCUGCCGUGCGGGCCCCGUGACCAGUACCUCCCCAAGGAGUCCCUGUGGCCGCACAUCCCCGAGUUCGUGGACCGCGCGCUGGCGCACGUCACCGACGUCGCGCGCGCGCUGGGGGACCAGCUCUCCGGCGGCGGCGCCGCCCCGGUGUGGCCGUACGUGAUCCACGGGCACUACGCGGACGCGGCGGAGGUGGCGGCGCACCUGGCGAGUGCGCUCAACGUGCCGAUGGUGAUGACGGGGCACUCGCUGGGGCGGAACAAGCUGGAGCAGCUGCUCCAGCUCGGUCGCAUGCCGCGCGCCGAGAUCCAGGCCGCGUACCGCAUCGCGCGUCGGGUCGAGGCCGAGGAGACGGGACUCGACGCCGCUGAGGUGGUGAUCACCAGCACCAAGCAGGAGGUCGAGGAGCAGUGGGGCCUCUACGACGGCUUCGACGCCAUGGUGGAGCGCAAGCUCCGGGUGCGCCGCAGCCGCGGGGUCAGCUGCCUCGGCCGCUACAUGCCGCGGAUGGCCGUCAUCCCCCCCGGGAUGGACUUCAGCUACGUCGACGCGCAGGAUCUCGCCGACGGCGACGGCGACCUGCAGGCGCUCAUGAGCCCCGGCACGGCCAAGAAGCCAAUGCCGCCCAUCUGGUCGGAGGUGCUGCGGUUCUUCACCAACCCUCACAAGCCGAUGAUCCUGGCGCUGUCGCGGCCGGACCCGAAGAAGAACGUGACCACGCUGCUCAAGGCCUACGGCGAGAGCCGGCACCUGCGGGAGCUCGCGAACCUGACGCUGAUUCUGGGGAACAGGGAUGACAUCGAAGAGAUGUCCGGCGGCGCCGCCACCGUGCUCACGGCCGUGCUCAAGCUCGUCGACCGCUACGACCUCUACGGCCAGGUCGCCUACCCCAAGCACCACAAGCAGACUGACGUGCCGCACAUUUACCGACUGGCCGCCAAGACCAAGGGAGUGUUCAUAAAUCCUGCUCUUGUCGAGCCGUUCGGCCUCACCCUGAUAGAGGCUGCUGCGUAUGGUCUGCCCGUGGUGGCCACCCAGAACGGCGGGCCGGUGGACAUCAUCAAGGCGUUGCACAACGGGCUGCUGGUGGACCCGCACGACGCGGCGGCGAUCACCGGCGCUCUGCUGAGCCUGCUGGCCGACAAGGCGCGGUGGCUCGAGUGCCGACGCGCCGGCCUCCGCAACAUCCAUCGCUUCUCCUGGCCGCACCACUGCCGCCUCUACCUCGCCCACAUCGCCGCCAACUGCGACCACCCGGCGCCGCACCAGCUACUCCGCGUCCCCGCCAGCCCGCGCGCCGCGUCCGCCGACGGCGACUCGUCGCUCUCGGACUCGCUCCGCGGCCUGUCCAUCUCCAUCGACACCUCGAACGACCUCAAGCCCGGGGCCGGGGCGGACUACUCCGCCGCGGCCAUCAUGGACGCGCUCCAACGGCGCCGCGCGGCGGACCGCCCCGCGGCCAGCGUCGCCAGGGCGGCCGUCGGCUUCGCGCCGGGCCGGCGGCAGGGCCUCCUCGUCCUCGCCGCCGACUGCUACGGCGCCGACGGCGAGCCGGACGCCGAGCGCCUGAGGAGAGCCGUCGGCAUGGCGCUGGCCGCGGGCGCCGCCGCCGGCGGGCGGCUCGGGUGCGUGCUGUCGACAGGCAUGACCGUCGCCGAGGCCACGGCCGCGCUCGGGGCCUGCGGCGCCGACCCGGCCGCCUUCGACGCGCUCGUCUGCAGCAGCGGCGCCGAGCUCUGCUACCCGUGGAAGGAAAAGGAGCUCGCCGCCGACGAGGAGUACGCCGGCCACGUGUCCUUCCGGUGGCCCGGCGCGCACGUGCGCUCCGCCGUGCCCAGGCUCGGGAAGGCCGACGGCGCGCAGGAGGCCGACCUCGCCGCCGACGACGCCGCGUGCUCCGCGCUCUGCCACGCCUACGCCGUCGCGGGAGCGUCCAAGGUGAGGAAGGUCGAUUCGAUUCGGCGGUCUCUGCGGAUGCGCGGGUUCCACUGCAACCUCGUGUACACGCGCGCGUGCACGCGCCUCAACGUCGUCCCGCUCUCGGCGUCGCGGCCGGGCGCGCUCCGGUACCUGUCGAUACUGUGGGGCAUCGACCUGUCCAAGGUGGCCGUGCUCGUCGGCGACAAGGGUGACACGGACCGCGAGCGGCUGCUCCCGGGGCUGCACAAGACGCUGGUCCUGACGGGGCUGGUCAGCCACGGCAGCGAGGAGCUGCUCCGCGACGAGGACGGGUUCUUGACGGAGGACGUCGUCGCCAUGGACUCCCCCAACAUCGUCACCCUCGCCGAGGACCAGGCGGCCGCCGACAUCCUCAAGGCCAUCUGAGGCCUGCACUGCUCCGCUCUGCCGGGGGCAGCCGGGGUUAUUUUGGUCAGUUGAAAUCUGGCAGAGUGGCUGCAAAUUUGCGUAACUGUUUUUUAUUUAGUUUUGGUCAUCUUUCAUCUGGGAUAAGCAUAAGGUUUGGUGCUGAUGUGUGCACCAGCAAACAUUUCAUUAAUACUUUGAUUGAAUGCCUUGUUCCGGCAAUAAGGCAUUUGUGUAAAUAUUCCAAAGAAAUACAUACAAGGAAAAAAAAAGAUUGCCGAAUGAGAAUUUCGUUGGGAACAAUAACACA